UAAAGACAUCGGAGGGACGUCUUAUUAUAUCUCCAGAUGGUGAAGCAGAAGACGGCGACAUUGCGCAACAUUCUCCAAAAGUCAAUUCUUCCCAUUCAGAGAGAUCGAUGGAUCCUGAGGAACCAUCUGAUCCAUCACAUCACAUGACCUCAGAUGUCCAUCAAGGUCCUCACAGUGCAGAGAGAUCAAGAGAUCCGCCUAAUCCUGAGGAACCUUCUGAUCCAUCACGUCACAUGACCUCAGAUGUCCAUCAAGGUCCUCACAGUGCGGAGAGAUCAAGAGAUCCGCCUAAUCCUGAGGAACCUUCUGUAAGCCACGAAGGAGAUCACACAGGAGAGCGUCCAUAUUCAUGUGCAGAGUGCGGGAAAUCUUUCACUGAUAGCAGAAACUUUCUCAAACACCAGAGAAUUCACACGGGUGAGCGUCCUUAUUCGUGUUCACAGUGUGGGCAAUGUUUCACUCAGAAACGAGAUCUUAUUGUACACCAGAGAAUUCACACGGGUGAGCGUCCCUUUUCCUGUUCAGAGUGCGGAAAAUGUUUCAACAAAAAAGAUAAAAUUGUUGUACACCAAAGAACUCACACAGGUGAGCGUCCUUUUUCUUGUUCAGAGUGCGGGAAAAGUUUUGUACAGAAAAUCGCCCUUCUGAGGCACCAGAGAAUUCACACAGGCGAGCGUCCCCAUUCAUGUUUGGAGUGUGGGAAAUGUUUCGCACCGAAAAUAAAUCUAAUUGCACAUCAGAAAAUUCACACUGGUGAGCGUCCCUUUUCCUGUUCAGAGUGCGGGAAAAGUUUAAUUAAGAGUGGAGAUCUUAUUGUGCACCAAAGGGUUCACACAGGUGAGCGUCCCUUUUCCUGUUCUGAGUGCGGGAAAGGUUUUACACAGAAAAUCGCCCUUCUUAUACACCAGAGAAUUCACACGGGUGAGCGUCCCUAUACAUGUAGAGAGUGCGGGAAAUCUUUUACUCAGAAAGGAACACUUAUUGAACAUGAGGGAAUUCACGCAGGUGAGCGCCAUUAUUUAUGUUCAGACUGCGGGAAAUCUUUCGAUGAGAAAAAGGCGCUUCUUACACAUCAAAGAAUUCACACGGGUGAGCAUCCCUAUUUGUGUUCAGAGUGCGGAACAUUUUUCAGCCGGAAAGUAGCACUUGUUGAACACCUAAGAAUUCACACGGGUGAGCGUCCUUUCCCUUGCUCUGAGUGCGGCAAACGUUUCUCGCGGAAAGGAGCACUUAGCGGACAUCGGAGAACUCACACGGGCGAGCGUCCUUAUUCCUGCUCAGAGUGCAACAAAUGUUUCAUUAAAAAAGAAAAGCUCAUUGUGCACCAAAGAACUCACACGGGGGAGCGUCCCUUUUCCUGUUCGGAGUGCGGGAAAGGUUUUACACAGAAAAUCACCCUUCUCAGGCAUGAGAGAGUUCACACAGGUGAGCGUCCUUUUUCUUGUUCAGAGUGCGGAAAGUUAUUUACACAAAAGAUCUCACUUCUUAGGCACCAGAGAAUUCACACGGGUGAGGUUCCUUUUUCAUGUUCAGAGUGCGGGAAAUGUUUCACUCAGAAAGGCGCACUUGCUGAACACCAGAGAUUUCACACGAGCGAGCGUCCAUUCAUCUGUUCAGAAUGCGGGAAAUGUUUUGUGCAGAACAUCGCCUUUCUUAUACAUCAGAGAAUUCAUACAGGCGAGCGUCCAUUUUCCUGUUCGGAGUGCGGGAAGUCUUUCACCCAGAAAGGAGACCUUCUUAUACACCAGAGGAUUCACACUGGUGCCCGUCCUUAUUCAUGUUCAGAGUGCGGGAAAUGUUUCACACAGAAAGGAGACCUUGUUAAACACCAGAGAAUUCACACAGGUGAGCGUCCUUAUUCAUGUUCAGAGUGCGGGAAAUGUUUCAUUAAUCAAGGAGCCCUUGUUAAACACCAGAGGAUUCACACAGGUGAAUGUCCCUAUUCAUGUUCAGAGUGCGAGAAAUCCUUUAGUGAGAAAAAGCUACUUCUUACUCACCAGAGAAUUCACACGGGGGAGCGUCCGUUUUCCUGCGCAGAGUGUGGGAAAAGUUUUACACAGAAAAUCACACUUCUUGUACACCAGAGAAGUCACACAGGCGAGCGUCCCUUUUCCUGUGUAGUGUGCGGGAAAGGCUUUUCUGAGAAAGGCAAACUCCUUAUACAUCAGCGAAGCCAUACGGGCGAGCGUCCCUAUUCAUGCCCGGAGUGCAGAAAAUGUUUCACUCGGAAAGGAGACCUUGCGAAACACCAGAGAAUUCACACGGGGGAACGCCCUUAUUCAUGUACAGAGUGUGAUAAAUCUUUCCCUCAUAAAGGAGAUCUUGUCAAACACCAGAGAAUUCACACGGGCGAGCGUCCUUAUUUAUGUUUAGAGUGCGGGAAAUCUUUCACUCAGAAAGGAAACCUUGUCAAACACCAGAGAAUUCACACCACGGAACGUCCUCAAUGCGUUCCUG